AUUUUCCUAGCAAGGCGGGAAUUUGUGUUGGUAAACUAGGCAGUAGACAUAGGAGCAUGUAACCAAAACCGCGGACAAUGAUGGCGUUUUUAUGGUGUUAUAUCAUAUAAGCUUCCUUCAUUCUUCCCUUCACAUAUACAAAGGGCAAUCAUGGCCACUUCUUCAGCUGUGGAGUACACCAUAGGCGGGGUGAAGAUUAAUUUCCCCUGCAAGGCCUAUCCGUCCCAGCUGGCCAUGAUGAACUCGAUUGUCCGUGGUCUGAACCAUGGACAGCACUGUCUCCUGGAGAGCCCGACAGGGAGUGGGAAGAGCCUGGCACUGCUGUGCUCUGCGCUUGCCUGGCAGCAGGUGCAGUAUGCAAAGGUGGAGAAGAUCAGUGGAAGCCCCUCUGAUGGCUGUAAGAAGCCAGACGUUACCACACCUUGCCAGUGUGCCUGUCAUAGCAGGUCAGCCAGGACCACCACUCCCACCAACACAUCGCCAACGAACCAGGUUAUAGUGGACCUCACAGGCCCAGACACAGAAGCAGCUGCAUGUAGUUCGCAUUCAGCAGGGAAAGAGAAGGAACACCAGGCCAAGAGUGCGUCGCUCGCCUCCAAGCUCUCUGGCAAGUUGCAAGAUUCCCUUAACACCAGUCUGGACAAGGAUGAUGACUUCCAGGCUGAUAAGAAACGCCUUCGCACUCCGCCUAUAGACCAGAGGAGCAGUAAGCGGAGGUGUCUGGACCACGACGCGGCACGCGGGGUGGUCUUCAUCAAUGACGAUGAUGAGGCAGCGAGGCCUGUCCCCAGGGCCCAGAGCUGGACCAUGGAGCUGAGCUCUCAAGCUCGAGCACAGGGGGCCCUGCCCUCUCCAGAGUGCUGCUCCCCUGUGUCCUGUCUUCUGUGUCCCUGCGCCGGCGCCAAAGGCGGACGGACAGCAGCGGGCGGCGGAGAAAAGGCCCGGGACAAAGAGAAAGAGAAGGGCGGAGGAGAGGCCGCGGAGAAGAAGAAGGUGCCCAAGAUCUUCUUCGGCACGCGCACACACAAGCAGAUCACGGGUGGCCGCCUUGCUGAAGCGCUUCUUUCCAGCACACCCAUGACCAUCCUGUCCAGCCGCCAUGCUCCCUCACGUGCACCUCGAGGUGGUGCCAUGCGCUAACCCAUAGCAAGCUGCAAGGAGCUGCUGGACCAAAAGGACGGCCGUAGCUGCAGGUACUACCACAACGUGCACAAGAUGCGGGAGCAGAGCUCCCUGCAGUGGGUGCACGGGCUGCACCAGGCCUGGGACAUCGAGGAGCUGGUCAAGCUGGGCACCAAGCUGCGCUCCUGCGCAUACUACGCCGCCCGCGAGCUCAUGCAGGACGCCAACAUCGUCUUCUGCCCUUACAACUACCUGCUGGACCCCCUCAUCCGCGAGAGUAUGGAGAUCAACCUGAAGGGGCAGAUUGUGGUGCUGGAUGAAGCCCACAAUAUCGAGGACUGCGCCCGCGAGAGUGCCAGCUACACGCUCAACCAGAAGGAGCUGCUGGAUGCCCGCGAGGAGCUGGAGUCCAUGGUGAAGCAUGGCAUCCGCCCUGUCCACCACCACCCCCUACUGGCCUUCUGCUGCAGCCUCACCAACUGGGUGCAGGAGAGCUCUGGCGCCCUAAAGGAGAGGGGCUAUGAGAGCUCCUGUAAGGUGUGGACGGGGAAGGAGGUGCUGGCCAUCUUCCACCAGAUGGGCAUCACUGCAGCCACCUUCAGCAUGCUGCAGAAGAACCUGGCUGCAGUGUUGGAGAAGGAGGAGCGCGUGGGGCUGGUCAACGGCCGAGAGGACACCGUCACGGUGCCCACCGUCAGCUCCGGCACCGCCUCCGUCCUCAAGAGCCUCUUCAUGGUCCUCGACUACCUCUACAGACAGGAGAGCAGGUUUGCGGAGGACUACCGGGUGGCGCUGCAGCAGACCUAUGCCUGGACAGUCCAGCCCGAUGUUCCUGACGCUCAGGGCUUCUUCGCCAGGCCACACCGUCGCCGCAACAGUGCCCGCACCAAGACGCUCGUGCACACUCUCAGCUUCUGGUGCCUCAAUCCUGCAGUGGCCUUUUCGGACCUGAGUGGCUCAGUGCGUAGCAUCGUGCUGACCUCAGGCACCCUCUCCCCCAUGGACUCCUUCUCCUCAGAGCUGGGCGUCAGCUUCCCCAUCCAGCUGGAGGCCAGCCAUGUCAUCGGCAGGUCCCAGGUGUGGGUGGGCACGCUGGGCACAGGCCCCCAGGGCCGCAAGCUGUGCGCCACCUUCCAGCACGCGGAGACGUUCACCUUCCAGGACGAGGUGGGGGCGCUGCUGCUGCACGUGUGCCAGACCAUGGGCCCCGGCGUGCUCUGCUUCCUGCCCUCCUACAAGAUGCUGGAUAAGCUGCGAGACCGCUGGAUCAACACGGGACUCUGGGAGAAGCUGGAGGAGCGGAAGACGGUGAUCACAGAGCCUCGCGGUGGCGGCAAGGGCGACUUCGACGAGCUGCUGCAGACCUACUACGAGGCCAUCAGGCACAGCGGCCAGCAAGAUGGUGCGCUGCUGAUAGCCGUGUGCAGAGGGAAGGUGAGUGAAGGACUGGACUUCACUGAUGACAACGCCCGAGCUGUGGUCACCAUCGGAAUCCCCUUCCCCAACAUCAAAGACCUGCAGGUGGAGCUGAAGAUGAAGUAUAACGAUCAUCACUGUAAAGCUCGGGGCCUGCUGACUGGCAGUCGCUGGUAUGAGAUCCAGGCCUACCGUGCCCUCAACCAGGCCUUAGGCAGGUGUAUCCGCCAUAAGAAUGACUGGGGCGCCCUCAUCCUGGUAGAUGACCGUUUCAGGUCAAAUCCCAACAAGUACAUCACAGGUCUGUCAAAGUGGGUGCGCCAGUUGGUCCAACACCACAACAACUUUGGUGACGCCAUGCAGUCCCUGGUUUCCUUCUCCCAGUGCCAGCAGGGGGCAGCAGAGAACCACGCAGCAGGGAAGACGGAGCAAGUGGUGCUCCCCUGCACCCCCUCCUUCUCUGCCCCUGCAGCCCCAUUCCUGUCCCCACCCCUCAAGCCAGCGGAGCCAGCCCAGCUCCCCCCAGCCAUCCCGGUGGGGGAGUGGAGACUGACGACAGGGCCUUCACCUCAGCUGUGCAGCCCUGCACCCACCUGCCACGGCGCAGACAUGGGCACAGGUGACCAGAAGGGCUCGCGUCCUCCGUUGACUCCCCUGGCAAUAGGUGAGAAGGGCAACCAGACCCCGAGGCAGGGCACCCCAAAGCCCCUCCACCAGUUCUUCACCUUGACCCCCAUCAGCGCUCGCUUCAAGGCCCCCAUCUUUCACCCCAAGAGCAGCAGCAAUCCCACAUCCGACCCCACAAAGCCCAGCGCCACCUAUAGGUCGUGUGCAGAAGAAGAGACCUCACCACCACUGACCACCCCACAUGUACAGGCCAAGUCCCCUAACCCUCUCCCUACUAUUGAACUGACUGCGUCCCCAGUAAAGGCCCCCCCUUGCCCCAUACCCGCAGAGGCGGCCAGUCUCUCAGGUCCUGCAGUGGACGCUGAUGGGGAGGGAGAGGAGGAGGAGGAAGAGAAGGAGGAGGACCAGACCGUCUUCUACAGUCCGGAGCUGUUUGGAGAUGAGGAAGAUGAUGCUGCUGGGGACGACGAGGAUGAUGAGGACUGCGUUGUGGUGGUGCCGGAGGAAGAACCUCCGCAGACGACUGAAGGGAGGCCUCAGAAUGGCAUCCCAGAAUCCUCUGUGGCAGCCACAGCCCUUGGACUUUCAGAGGAGCCAUUUGGCUCAGUGGAACUCGGGAGAAGCAGCCGUGCUACUACUGCUUGUGGCCAGCAGGGCAGCGCCACGUGCACAGACUCAAAGAACAGGACCGGGCAAGGGCUGGCAGAGGAGAGGUCAGCGUUGUGCAGCAGCAGGAGAGCAGGUAGUGAGAAGGACACCACAGGUCAGAUGUCAGAGCAGAGACAAACGCAGCAGCAGCAGCAACAGACUCAGGGCAGACAGGCAGGCAGCAGGUCACGCAGGCUCUCCAGGUCUAGGCAGAAAGGGUCAUCUUCCUCAGGUCACGGCGCUGGAGAGGGUUUGGACACAGCAGGCGACGCCAAGGCGGAGAUUCAGGGCAGACGGCGUGGAAGAGGCAGGGGCACGACAAAGCGGCCUGUGUCUCCACACACACUCACCCAGACUCAGCCACUGGCGACGUGCAGGGCAGUGACCGCCAUGUGUACGUCCAGAACAGGGUGUGAGAGCCAGAGAAGUGUUCGAGCAGGGAGCGGCCAAGGUUGUGAAGCACCAACCAAAGGCAAACAGCCCAGCGUGUUCUGCCAGCAGUACAGCAGGAGCCUGCCCAAGGUGGCAGUGCCCGCAGUGCCAAAGACCUCCAGAAGGAGGAAGGCAGGAAAGGCCUCAGCUGUGCCCCCCUUGCAGGGUCAGGAGGAGGGUGAGAUGGCCUCGCUGAAGGGACGGGGGGAUUUAGAGAGGGCCCGUGCAGGCCCGCCAAUAGUGGGGUUUGAGAUCGUCACCCCUCCUCAACAGAGUAGACUUGCCUCUCUUGUGCAGACUGCAGAGGGAGAAGGCAACAAGCGAGAGGAGGAGGAGGAGAGAUGCCCCACCGAGUCAGCUCAGACAGAGUCCUUAGGAAUCAAAGUUCAGAGGUCACGCCGGAAUCGCAAGGGAGCCCAGACAGGAAGAGGCAGCCAUCAGCCCGAGAGGGAGGCUCCGUGUAUGAGUGGCCUGCACUGUUCUGUUUGCGAUCAGGAGCUGCUCUCUCUUGCGAAAGGCGUGCUGUGUAGCAUUGUGUGCGAGCAAGAGCCCGUGGUCAGCCUGUGGAGGAGCUCCAGGUGGGCCGGCCGAGCUCCAGCCCUCUGCCCCUGCCCCUGCCCGGCAGCCAUCCAGCUCAGCAGGGCUCAGGACCCGGAGAGCCCCCUGCUGCUGCAGGUGGAGAACAUCGCCGCCCUGCAGGGCCUGCAGAGAACACUACUGCCCUACACAGACACAGGCGUGCAGGCGGGCCCGUGUGUGUAUAAUGCACGGUGGGAUCCGGCCGAGUGCUCGGUGACGCUGCUGCUGCAGUGCCAGGGCUGCACCUCCCUCCGGCCCUUGGGACCUUUCUCCGCCUCAGCCGCCCUCGUCCAGCAUCCCAGGGAGCCUGGCCAAGACCAGAUGUGGCUGGUCCCAGCUGCCAUCAGGUUCUGCUCCAGGAUGCUGAGCUUAAGAGAGGCCGCCGUUUGAGACGAGGAGUGCAGGCCUGGACCCAGGAAUCUCAUCGCCCUCAACAGCCUCAGCCCAGAGCGGCCUAACUAGUAACACUACGCACUGUUCUAUGUUUAUGUUUCAAAUCAGAGCUUUGGAAUUCUUGGUCAUGUGUACAUGUGGUUGUGUGUUUGUGUGUGUGUGUGUGUGCACAACUUGCGUGUAAAUAUGUUUGUUUUUAGCAAAUGUGAACCCCCCACAUGUGAAAGUAAUCGGGUAGAGAUUUGUUUUAUAGUCGGAUCUAGUCUGACUCCACUUACACGAGCACACUGAGCACCUAAUGUCCAUAUGUACGCUGCUAAGGUAAAUCAGUUAAGACAAAACAAUUCUAAAGAGCACAUGAUUCUCAUUAAUGCCUGCCAUUGUCUUCAUUGCUGUUUAUGGUGUCAUGGUAACAUUUACCUCUAUAUGAAAAGGCUACAGAAGUGUUACUUCAAAGUCAAAAAUUGCCCAUGGUAGCAUCGGAACAAAAUGAAAGCAAAUUGCACUCUUCUUUAACUUUAGAGGUCUCCCCACUGGAUAUAAAUACAUAUAGUAA